CAAUGGAUGUUGUCGAUCCAUCUCUCACUCUGUCCCUUUCCAGGGAAAGGCUCCAUCCCCUCCCUGGGCUCUCCUCAGUCCCUGGACGGGUGCUACUUCUCCCCCACCUUGGUGACAGACUGGUUCUGGGGGGUCGUGAGCGAGGCUGUGGAAGAGCUGAGACGCAGCCCCCAGAGAGGCAUCCCAACCCCUGAACGGCUGGAGAGGAACGGACCCCUGACCACCAUCAUCCUUCAGGCGGGGUCCAGCCGGGUUCUGUAUGACCUGCUGCCUGUGGUGUCGUUUCGGGGAUGGCCCGCCGUGGCCCAGGGCUGGCUGACAGCCAACCACUUCUGGGACGGUAAAAUCACAGAGGAGGAGGCCAUAUCUGGCUUCUAUCUGCUGCCCUGCUGCUCCCCGCUGGGCGGUCGGCCUGACAGGGAGUGGAGGCUGGCCUUCUCUCGCAGUGAGGUUCAGUUGAAGAAGUGCAUCCCCUUCCCCAUGGCCCAGGCUUUCCAAGCAGCCAAGGCGGUUCUGUCCCGCAUCCUGGCCCGUCCCCGAACAGGCCUCAGCCUCUACCACCUGCGCACCCUUCUGUUUUGGGCUUGUGACAGACUCCCCGCCGCCUACCUGUCCUGUCCUGAAGCGGACACUCCCGGCCGCCUCCUCUUGGGUCUCCUGGACGACCUGGCUCACUGCAUCCUGGGGAAAAACUGCCCAAACUACUUCCUGCCUCAGUGCAACAUGCUGGAGCACCUGAGUGACAGCCAGGCGCUGCUCGUUGCCAGGAAGCUGGCUCACGUGCGCUCAGAUCCCAGCGAGCACCUGCGGGCGGCUUUGGACCAGGCCCGGCAGGCGGGGCAGCUAAAGAAAGAGCUGACGGCCAGCACCAACGGCCACGGGUCACCCGGGCACCACCCUGCCAACGGCAUCAUCUCACCCUCCGAGGACAAGCUAGCUCAGCGGCUGCAGCAGCUUGUGACGGAGAACCCAGGGAAAUCCAUAUCGGUCUUCCUGAACCCCGACGACGUGUCCAGGCCGCACUUCCGCAUCGACGACAAGUUCUACUGAGUCGUCAAGGAAACGCCUGUGAGUUUAAGUCCAAGGGAGGAUGACCCCGCUGCUUGACUAAGUCUUAAAACCAAAAUAAAAUAGACACACACACUUCCUUUGGGGAAAAACUGCCGUCCAGUUAUCUGGAUGUCACAGAGUUGUCGCCACGGCGAUAAAUGUCUCCUAAUGAGCUGGCCUUAAGGAGACCAAACAGCUGUAGCUUGGACAUGAAGCGCCUGCUUUAAAACAAGAACCAGAGACUGUGUGUACAUGUUUGCCUUAGGGAGUCGGACUGUGACGUGCCCCUCUACAGAAAUCAUCCAAUUCAUCACAGCGAGCGAUUGACGAGUCAGAAAUGGAGGAAAACGAGCUGAUGAAACUGAUUGUAAUGUUGUGAGAAGAGCUGUGAGAGUCUAUGAAACUCCUUUUCAUUUACACUCAGUUUGUGCGACUGUUUAACUUUUCUCAGGUAUGCACAACAUUUUAGAAGUAGUGUUUUUUUUCAUUCUGUUCAAAGCCCAAAAUAACAUGAAACUACUGAAAUUACCCUGAUCGUACCAAAGAACAGUGAAUUGAUUGUUUGACAAAAAUUUUCUCCUCUGAACAUUUCUUUGAUGAGGCUACGGCGCAGGAAUCGAGCAGCAGA